AAUCAUCUAUUUCAGCAGAAGAUCCGCCGAUGAAUCCGGUCCUAGUGUUCGCAGUAGCCGGUGGAGGGCAGAGGCGGGCAGCUGGAUGCGGGUUAAACCGAGAAACGGGACUCACGCUGCUCAUAUUCGGCGAGCGCCGAGCGCACAUGCAUACAGCUGGAUGCUGGAUGCAGAAACCCCGACCUGCAGCUCCUCUGAACGCAUCCAGAGAGAGAAAAGCAGCACAAACACAUCGCCAUACAGUGAAUGAGUGCGCGCUCUCAACUAAUGAGCAACUCAUGCAGAGGAGUGUGAGCGCGUCUUUGGAGAGCGCGUUUAGAUGAGAGCUAGAGGGCGGCGGCACAUCGCUCCUCACCUCCGUUACCGCUCCGCUCCUCCAGUCCCGGGACCUUCUCCUGAUCUCUCCGUGAGGAGCGCGCGCAGAAUUUGGGACGCGUAACGGCGUCGGUCCUCCGUUCACCGCCACAGUAGCUCCUCCGUAACGGCCGAAGCAAACCGAAGAAGGAACGAAUAUAUUCCGCGCUGAGGAGUUUCCAAACUCCAGUCAUGGGGAAAAACGGACGUCAGAGAUUUAGAUUGGGAUUAGUGCUUCUCUUUCUGUGGGUUCUGCUCCAAGCAGUUGACGCGCAAGGUGAUGAUGACUUCCUGUUGGGGUUGGGUGAGUUGCCGGAGACCUUCCCCAGUGACCCUCCAGAGCCCCUCCCACACUUCCUGCUGGAGCCGGAGGAUGCUUACAUCGUCAAGAACAAGGCUGUCAAUCUCUACUGCACGGCUACACCUGCUGCUCAGAUCUACUUCAAGUGCAACGGCGAGUGGGUCCAUCAGAGAGAGCACACCAUAGAGGAGCGGGUGGACGAGACGUCGGGUUUGGUGGUGAGGGAAGCGCGGAUCGAGAUCUCCCGGCAGCAGGUGGAGGAGUUGUUUGGUUUGGAAGAUUACUGGUGCCAAUGUGUCGCCUGGAGCUCCGCAGGAACCACCAAGAGCCGCAAGGUGCACGUCCGCAUUGCAUUCUUGAGGAAGACGUUUGAGCAGGAACCCUUGGGGAAGGAGGUGUCACUCGAACAGGAAGUGCUGCUGCAGUGCCGCCCACCUGAGGGCAUACCGCCUGCUGAGGUGGAAUGGCUGAAGAACGAAGAGAUUAUUGAUCCUGCAGAUGAUCGGAAUUUCUACAUCACCAUCGAUCAUAACCUGAUCAUCAAACAGGCGCGGCUUUCUGACACCGCUAACUACACCUGCGUCGCUAAGAACAUCGUUGCUAAGAGACGAAGCACUACGGCUACAGUGAUCGUCUAUGUGAACGGCGGCUGGUCCACAUGGACAGAGUGGUCGACCUGUAACAGUCGAUGUGGGCGGGGCCUUCAGAAACGAACCCGCAGCUGCACCAAUCCCGCGCCUCUGAACGGGGGCUCGCCGUGUGACGGACAGGCCAUCCAAAAAAUCGCCUGCACCUCCGUUUGCACAGUUGACGGCGAGUGGGCCGACUGGAGCAAGUGGUCGGCGUGUAACACCGAGUGCACGCAGUGGAGGAAGAGAGAGUGUAACGCUCCUGCGCCUCAGAACGGAGGGAAGGACUGUGACGGAGUCACACUACAGUCACAGAACUGCACUGAUGGACUCUGUCUACAAAGUUCAGUAUAUCAGCUAUCCGUUCAGCCUAAAGGAACGGGAGAGAAGGGGUUUACAUCUGCGCCGGGUGGAGACGAGGUGGCGCUGUACGUGGGUAUCGUCAUGGCGGUGGUCAUGUGUCUGAUCGUCUCUGCUAUCGUGGCGCUGCUUGUGUACCGCAGAACUCAUCGACGCUUUCACUCCGACAUCAUCGACUCGUCUGUGCUGAACGGAGGAUUCCAGCCUGUCAGCAUCAAACAAGCACGCUCAGCGGAUUUGCUGGCCGCAACCCCUGAUCUGUCCACAGCGGCGGCGCUGUAUCGAGGUCCAGUAUACGCCCUCCACGACAUCUCUGACAAAAUCCCCAUGACCAGCUCCCCUCUGCUGGAGCCACUGCCGCUUCCCAACCUCAAGAUCAAAGUCUACAACUCCUCCGGCACGGUGACCCCUCAGGAGGACAUGACCUCUGACCUCUCCGCCACCCUGUCCCCCAAAGUCACCCACUCUCUUCUGGACAGUGACCCCAUGACCCUGCGCAACCAGACGCUGGCACGCACACGGGACCCUACAUGUACGGCAUUAGGGUCGUUUAACUCGCUGGGAGGUCAUCUGAUCAUACCCAACUCAGGUGUGAGCUUGUUGGUUCCAGCCGGUGCGAUUCCUCAAGGUCGCGUGUAUGAGAUGUUUGUGACUGUACAGAGGACAGAGAGCAUGAGGCCAGCGGUCGGCAAUGGGGAGGCCGUGCUCAGCACCGUGGUCAGCUGCGGUCCCGCGGGCGCCCUGUUGACCCGUCCCGUCAUCCUCACUCUCCACCACUGCGCACACGCCCACUCCGACGACUGGCAAAUCAUCCUCAAGAGACACACGCAGCAGGACCAAUGGGAGGACGUGGUCGUUGUUGGAGAGGAGAACUUCACUACUUCCUGUUACGUGCAGCUGGGGGAGGAGGCGUGUCACAUCCUGACCGAGACUCUCGGAUCCUACUGUCUGAUUGGCCAGAGCAUCUGUCCGUCAGCGGCUAAGCGAGUCAAACUGGCCGUGUUUGGUCCUGUAGUCACAGCAGGUGUAGACUAUCACAUCCGAGUGUACUGCCUCGACGACACACAGGACACACUCAAAGAGGUGCUGCAGAUAGAAAAACAGAUCGGCGGAAAACUGCUGGAUGAACCAAAGUCUCUGAACUUCAGUUACAGCAACCACAACCUGAGACUGUCAAUACAUGACAUUCACUCGCAGUGGAAGAGCAAACUACUCACCAAAUAUCAGGAGCUGUCUUUCUCUCAGGUGUGGAGUGGAUCGGUGCGCCGGCUGCAUUGCUCGUUUGCUCUGGAGCGUCAGAGCGUGAGUGUGUGUGAGCUGUGCUGCAAGCUGUGCGUCAGACAGGUGGAGGGAGAAGGUCAGAUCUUCCAGCUCUACACCACCCUGAGCGAGGAUGUCCAGGGCAUCGACACGUCCCUGAUGGAUCCAGGCAGCAGUAUCACGGUUCUUGCAGGUCCGAGUGCGUUCAGGAUCCCGGUCAGCAUCAGAAGCAAACUGUGCAGCAGCCUGGACGUCCCACACACACGCGGAAAUGACUGGAGAAUACUGGCACACAAACUCAACCUGGACAGGUAUCUCAACUACUUUGCGACUAAGACGAGUCCGACCGGCGUGAUUCUGGAUCUCUGGGAAGCUCAACACUUCCCGCACGGAAACCUCAACCAGCUCGCCACCGUCUUGGAGGAGAUGGGUCGCCAUGACAACAGCAUCGCUGCCAUGGCCAAGGAACAGUGACCUCUCACAUCAGCGGUAAUGCACUGCUAACAAUGACGACGUCCAGUUCAAGUUGUGUUGCCACUCGAUCAAAAACCAAGACGCUGUGCGCGGCAUCUUAUUUAGUGUCAUGGAAACAUGCAGCGCUGCCGUCAGUGGAUGCGGAUGCCGCCAGUUUGGGGUCAAAGGUGAAGCAGGAACAGGGUCGAGACACUUCAGGCCAAACCCUCCCAGUUUGCACGACAGCAGAAAUCUCCCACUUUAUCAUCCUCUAGUUUUUUCUGAAUUUUGUGGUGCCAUCUAGUGGUUGCAGAAACAACAAACGCUCAUGUAAUAUAAUAUUUUGAGACAUGAAUAUAGUAUUUAGUGUGAGUACCUUAAAGUGGCCUUUAAAAUCCAGUUACCGUUCAGAUGCGAUUUGAAUUGUAUUAUUUUUGUAACGCAGGUACAGUAAAUAUGUUUGUUUGCACUCGCCAGGGUUUGGAGAAUCAUGUCAGACGUUGUUUUUUGAUUUUCUGGAAUGCAAUGUUUCAUCAUACUGUAAUAAUGAUGAUCUUCUCUGGCCGGACUUUCACUCGUUCUGCAUGGGCUGUUUCUGUUGUGCAUCAUCAGACGCUUUACUUUAAUAAGAGCACAUUUACCCCUCUACAAAACUUAACAUGGUGACUACAGUUUCUGCUAAAAUGUGACGGAAACUACAGUUAUUGUUACUACUGGAAUAUUGUAAUGAUUUAAUAUAAUUCUUUCUGAAUCUUUCAUUUAAUUUUUUUUUCUUUAAGUGAAGGCUAAUACCAAGUUAUUGUAGUAAGGUUAAUAACCACAGAUGCCAAAAUAAAAGCUCUAUGGUUUAACGUUUGAAAGCCAAGGAAUUAAG